GAGUCAACCAGAGAGAAGAAAAAGCAAAAAACACUCAAAAACCACAUACAUGUAGAAGAAGAAGAAGAAGAAGAAAAUAAAAAAUGGAUAUUUGGAACAAAGUUUCUUCAUGGUGGGAAACAUCAUCGUCUUCCACAAAAGUUUCGUGUAUUAUCGUACUGCCGUUGAUAUUGUUUUAUGGGUCUCUUACCAUUCACAAUUUUAGCGGUUCUGACUUCGCAAUUUCCCAUGAAAACCAGACAGGGUUGGGUUUUUCUCACUCUUCCAUGGAAGCUGCAGAGCCUCAAAAGCCAGAGGAACACAACCUGGAUAUAACCAGAAAGGAGCCUGAAGUUUCAACUUCUACAAACAGUAGCCAUAACUCCCAUAAGGUUCCGGAAACUGCCAAUGUACUAAAAAAGUUGAGCAAUUUGGAGAGAGUUGAAGCCGGUCUCACACGAGUUAGAGCUGCAAUUAGAGAAGCCAAAAGUGGAAAUCAAACGUUUGAGGAACCUGACUAUGUUCCUAGUGGUCCAAUGUACAGGAAUCCCAGGGCAUUUCACAGGAGCUACUUAGAGAUGGAAAAACGGUUCAGAAUAUUCAUUUAUGAAGAAGGUGAGCCGCCGGUGUUUCAUUACACUUUCAGUAAGGGAAUUCUGGGCAUUGAAGGAAUCCUGAUUCAUCAGCUUGAGAUCAGCAAAUUUCUCACCAAAAACCCAGAAAAAGCUCAUGUCUUUUUCCUCCCCUUCAGUACCUAUUCGCUUGUUCAGUUUGUGUUCGUACGUGAAUCCCAUGCAUGGGGGCCUAUGCAAAAUACAGCUAGAGACUACAUAGAUGGCAUCUCUACAAAGUACCCAUACUGGAACCGAAGCCUCGGCUAUGACCAUUUCAUGCUCGCCUGUCAUGAUUGGGCUCCGACGAUUUCCAAUGCCAUUCCAAAGCUGUUCAAGAACUCGAUAAGGGUGUUGUGUAACGCGAACACAUCGGAAGGAUUCAAGCCUUCCAAAGACGUGUCAUUGCCGGAAAUCUAUCUUCCAAAAGGAAACAUGGACGGCCUGAUCGGAGGGCCGUCGCCGUCGAAGCGUUCCGUGCUGGUGUUUUACGCCGGAGGAAUCCACGGCUACAUCAGACAAGUACUAAUGGAGACCUGGGAAAACAAAGACCCAGAAGUGGAGAUCCACGAGUAUCUCAACAAGAAGAAAGUGUCGUAUUAUGGGAUGAUCCGAAAGAGCAAGUACUGCAUCUGUCCUAGCGGGUACGAGGUUGCUAGUCCGAGGAUGGUGGAGGCGCUGUACAUGGGAUGUGUUCCUGUGUUGAUAAAAGACCAUUACGCGAAACCGUUCGCGGAUGUCUUGAAUUGGGACACGUUUGCGGUGGAUAUUCCGGUGAAGGAGAUUCCGAAUCUUAAGAAGAUUCUGUUGAGUAUACCUCAGAGGAAAUAUUUAAGGAUGCAGAAGAGGGGCAUUCAAGUUCGGAGGCAUUUUGAAGUGAACUUUCCCCCGAAACGGUACGAUGUUUUUCACAUGAUUCUUCAUUCGAUCUGGCUCAGAAGACUCAACAUUCAAGUCCAUGACACACAAGGAACAUCAUGAUGAUAUGCAUUUAAUUUGCUGUUACAUUGCAUACAUUCUUAGGGAAAAAUGAUCAAUGUCUAAAUGUUAUUUAUCCAUUCCAUUUUAUCAAAUUUGCCCAUAAAAUGUGAAAUCUCUUGUCCCAGAA